AUGGAUGCUGAACCCGGAGUGAACCACAGUUUCCUCAAAUGUCCCCCGCUGCAAGGAGCAAAAUCCAACACAGAGCAGAUGAACGACAAAUACACACAGAAAAUCUGUUUGGAUAAUGUACUGGCCCUGUUAACAGAUCCUUGUCCUGAGAUGGACUGUGCAGCUCUGCAGGGUGUCUCCCUGCUUUCUGCCUCAAGCCCUCUGAGUCUCCCUGAAUUAGAGCAAGUCGAAAGGACAUUCCUCCCCAGUGCUUGGAUCCAGGUGAACUCGGUGUCUGUUCAUAGCUAUUGCUCCAUGUCCUUCACUGGAGACUUCCCACUUAAAGCUGAACUUCGGAUAGUGCUCGUCGGAAGGAGGGGCUCUGGGAAGAGCGCGUCGGGGAACAGCGUCCUGGGUCAGCAAGCAUUUGAGUCACGUUUUUGUCCUUCAUCUGUGACAUCAAAGUGCACAAAGGCAAGUGACGUGGUGAAUGGUCAAGUGGUUUCUGUUAUUGACACGCCUGGCUUAUUUGACACUGAAUUCAGCAAGAAUGAGAUACAAAGAGAGUUGAAAAAAUGCAUCUUUCUCUCAACUCCUGGUCCCCAUGUGUUCCUGAUUGUGAUGAAGCUGGAGAAAUUCACCUUGGAGCAACAGAGAACAGUAGAGCGCAUCCAAAAUGUCUUUGGAUACCAAGCAGACAAUUACUCCAUGGUUCUCUUCACUCAUGGUGACCGCCUGGAUGACAUCACCAUCCAGAACUUCAUGUUUCAAAAUGAAGCCCUUUGCCAUGUCAUUGACAAGUCUAACUACCGCUACCAUGUGUUCAACAACAAAUGUCCCAACAGGGACCAGGUCAUGACCCUCCUUGAGAAGAUAAACAUGAUGGUCAGGGAAAAUGCAGGGACCUUCUACACAAAUGAAAUGUCCCAAGAGACAGAGAGAGAGAUUCAAAAAGAGACUGAGAGGAUCCUGAAAGCCAUGAAGAAAGAGCGAAGAAGAGCAGAGGGGUUACUCAUGGCCCAAUUUUAUGGUCGGCGCCUGGAGGAAGAACGCGCGAAGCUGGAAGAGCACUACAAGAUGAAGGCUAGAGCCAAGGCUCAACGGAGAAAGAGCGUUCUCAAAUCAGGAGAUUUUCAGCUAGACAAUGAAAUUCGGAUUGUGCUGAUUGGAAAGACGGGAUCUGGAAAGAGUGCAUCGGGGAACACCAUUUUGGGCCAAAACGCCUUUGAAUCACGCUUUUCUCCAUCUUCCGUGACGUCAAAGUGUUCAAAGUCAAGAGGAGUUGUGACUGGACGGAGGCUAUCUGUCAUUGACACGCCUGGCAUUUUUGACACCAAGUACAAGGAAACUCAGGUGAUUCAAGAGCUCAAAAGAUGUAUCUCUCUCUCAGCCCCUGGUCCUCACAUCUUCCUAAUCGUAAUCCAGCUUGACAAAUUCACAGAGGAAGAGCAGAAAACUGUGGAAAUCCUUCAGCUUGUGUUUGGCGACCAAGCUGGCAAGUACUCAAUGGUUCUCUUCACUCAUGGUGACAAACUCGAAGGCACCCCAAUUGAACGUUUUUAUAGAGAAAGCCGGCAACUUAGCCAUUUGGUUGCCAAAUGUUCGAACAACUAUCAUGUCUUUGACAACAAAAACAGAGACAGGGGCCAGGUUAAUGUGCUGCUUCAGAAGGUAAACAGGAUGGUGGCGAACAAUAGGGGCCAAUUCUACACAAACGACUUGUUCAGAGAGGCCGAGAGAGUAAUCCAAGAAGAAACAAUGAGAAAUAAAAGUGAGAACAAACAGCAAAUGCUCAGAGAAAAAGAGAGACUAAUGGCCACUUAUAACGCUCAGCAGCGAGAAGCGGAGCUCGCCAAGCUCAAGGAGCGAUAUGAAAAAAACAACUUGCAGGCACGCGAUAAGGCUGAGAAGAAAAACAAAUUUAUUGAAACGGGUUUAAUUGUCGCUGGUGCAGAGGCAGGUGUUGCUAUUGGAACUGCUGCAUCAACUAUUGGGGGUCCGGUAUGUAUGGUGGUGGGGGCAGGUGUGGGUGGAGCUAUUGGGGCUUUAAUUGGGCUUAUUUCUCUAUCUGCAGUGAAAGCCCUGAAGAAGAAAUGCAUUGUACAAUAA